UUCCCCCAUGAGCAAGCACUUGGCGACAGCGAGGAAGGGGAGCGGAAUAGAGAGCGAGGGAGAAGAAAAAGGUCUAGAAGGGAAAGAGAUCAUGGUGAGACAGUACCUGGGCCGAUCCACUCGCUCCAUCUAUCUUGGUCUGGCAUGUCUGUCCCUCGCUCUCCACCUCCUUCUGGCAUUUUUUUGUCUCUCUGUCCUCCAGACAGCCUGUGUCCUUCCCACCUCCUCUUCCUCCUCCUCCAAUCUCAGAACUGACAUCCAGGGCCAUCAGUCAAUCUCAACCUCUUCUCUGGCUGCCUCCUCUUCACAUAAACUGCCAACAAGCACCCACGAUGAGGAACAUGACAAACUAAAGGCCCUGUUACACCAUAAAGAGAGAGACUCCCUCACUGACACCACUGAGAGAGAGAAGAAACUCAUUGGAGAUGGAAAACUGAUCCAAAAGGUUAAGGGUCGUUCUAAGCUGGAGGCACUUUUUGAGCACCUUUUGUACAACCUGCCAAGCCCAGAGCUGCAAGAAGAUGAUUGGCUACUGAGGGUGAAGACACAUGAAGAUGCAAGAGAAACAGGAAGUGAGGAGGAUGAGAGGGAAGACGCCAUCACCAGUGACAGUCAGUGGCAGAGUGCCAGUCAGGAGGAAGGCUACGACAAAGUCGCUUGGACCAGCGAUGUGGAGACCCACCCUCCCUGGCUGCGGUUCCACCUGGGCAUCUCUCGCUGGGAGCUGUACAACAGGAAGGACCCCAAUCUGGCCCAGCUGACUCACUCUUUGGCAACACAGCGUAUCCUCGGUGCUGUUCAGAAGACAGGAGGUACCCAGCUCAAACUGCUCAUAUCGUUCCCAAACUAUGGACAAGCUCUGCUCAAACCCAUGAAACAAUCCAGAGAUGCAGAGACAGACGUAAACCUCUUCUACUUCUCAGAUUUUGAAAGACACAAUGCAGAGAUCUCUGCCUUUCACCUUGACAGGUUGCUGGGCUUUAACAGGAUCCCUCCAGUAGUUGGUCGACUCAUCAAUGUCACCACAGAGAUCAGAGAGAUAACUACUGACCACCGGCUGUCUAGGACCUUCUUCACUUCCCCUGUGGGUAACGUGUGUUUCUAUGGCCAGUGUGAGUACUACUGUACAACAGAGAACCCAGUGUGCGGUCAGCCACAUGCCCUGGAGGUAUCCCUGGCUGCCAUGCUACCCGACCUUACCCUUGCUUCCCGCAGGUCCUGGAGGUCGCCAUGGAGACGAUCCUACAGCCGCACCAAGCUGGCACAGUGGGAGAAGGACCCGGCCUACUGUGACACAGUGAAACAGACACCUCCUUACAACCAUGGCACCAGAUUGGUGGAUCUCAUAGAUAUGGCAAUACUGGACUUCCUCAUGAGCAACAUGGAUAGACAUCACUAUGAGACAUUUGAGAAGUUCGGCAAUGAGACUUUCCUCCUUCAUCUGGAUAACGGACGGGCAUUUGGGCGUCACUCUCGGGAUGAGCCGUCUAUUCUGGCACCCUUGCAACAGUGUUGCAGGAUCCGUCGCUCCACCCUCCUCCGCUUGCGUCUCUUGUCCCUCCCGGGCUUCCGCAUGAGUGAUGUCAUGCGGGAGUCGCUGGCCCAGGAUCCUCUGGCUGGCGUGGCCCCGCUCCUCUCUGAGCUACACCUCUCUGCUCUGGACCGACGCCUAGCAACCGUCCUGCAGGUGGUGCAGACCUGUCAGGGUCACCACAAUGAUGUCAUUUACAAUGACUUGGAGGGAUAUGAUAAAGAAUAUGAUCAACAGCCUAACUAA